GCUGCCCCGCUGUUGCUGUACGCGAACCGACGUGACCUGAGACUGGUGGAUGCUGCGAACGGGAAGGAGAACGCCACGGUGAUUGUGGGUGGCUUAGAGGACGCAGCAGCAGUGGACUUCGUGUUUGUAAAGGGGUUGAUAUACUGGAGUGAUGUCAGUGAAGAAGCCAUUAAACGAACAGAAUUCAAUAAAUCUGGGAGUGUACAAAAUGUGGUCAUUUCUGGACUUCUGUCACCUGAUGGGCUGGCAUGUGACUGGCUGGGAGAGAAAUUGUACUGGACAGAUUCUGAAACAAAUCGGAUUGAAGUUUCUAAUUUAGACGGAUCACUGAGAAAAGUUUUGUUUUGGCAAGAAUUGGAUCAACCCAGAGCAAUUGCCUUAGAUCCUGCAAGAGGGUUCAUGUAUUGGACAGACUGGGGAGAAGUGCCAAAGAUAGAACGUGCUGGGAUGGAUGGUUCAAGCCGCUCCAUUAUAGUUAAUACAGACAUAUACUGGCCAAAUGGACUGACGCUGGAUUAUGAGGAACAGAAGCUUUAUUGGGCAGAUGCUAAACUGAAUUUCAUCCACAGAUCAAAUCUGGAUGGAAGUCACAGGCAAGCAGUGGUUAAAGGCUCCCUUCCACAUCCUUUUGCUUUGACGCUGUUUGGGGACACGUUGUACUGGACUGACUGGAACACGCAUUCGAUCUUGGCCUGCAGCAAGUACUCUGGGGAGGACCUGCGUGAAAUACAUUCCAACAUCUUCUCUCCCAUGGAUAUCCAUGCUUUCAGCCAAAAGAGGCAGCCAAAUGCUACAAACCCAUGUGGAAUUAAUAACGGUGGCUGCUCCCACUUGUGUUUGAUGUCUCCUACCAAGCCCUCUUAUCAGUGUGCAUGUCCCACUGGUGUGAAACUUCUUGAGAAUGGAAAGACCUGCAAAGAUGGUGCCACUGAACUCCUGCUUCUAGCCCGCCGGACAGAUUUGAGGCGAAUUUCCUUAGACACCCCAGAUUUUACUGACAUAGUUUUGCCACUGGAGGACAUCCGUCAUGCCAUCGCCAUUGACUUUGAUCCCCUGGAAGGAUACAUCUAUUGGACUGAUGAUGAAGUUAGGGCCAUCCGCCGGUCGUUCAUUGAUGGGUCAGGUAGUCAGUUUGUUGUCACGGCACAGAUUGCACAUCCUGAUGGCAUUGCUGUGGACUGGGUUGCCCGAAAUCUCUAUUGGACUGACACUGGCACAGACCGGAUUGAAGUGACAAGGCUUAAUGGGACCAUGAGAAAAAUCUUAAUAUCGGAAGACCUGGAAGAACCCAGAGCUAUUGUGCUGGAUCCCAUGGUUGGGUACAUGUACUGGACUGACUGGGGAGAAAUCCCAAAGAUCGAGAGGGCAGCGCUAGAUGGCUCAGACAGAAUUGUGCUGGUGAAUACUUCUCUUGGCUGGCCAAAUGGCCUGGCACUGGAUUAUGCCGAAAGCAAAAUAUACUGGGGAGAUGCCAAAACAGACAAAAUAGAGGUCAUGAAUGCUGAUGGAACUGGGCGAAGAGUUCUGGUGGAGGACAAGCUGCCUCAUAUCUUUGGAUUCACGUUGCUGGGAGAUUACGUCUACUGGACAGACUGGCAAAGGCGCAGUAUCGAACGCGUGCAUAAACGCACAGCAGAAAGGGAGAUCAUCAUAGAUCAGCUGCCUGAUCUAAUGGGCCUGAAAGCUACAAACGUCCGCCAGAUAAUUGGUACAAACCCUUGCGCAGAGGAUAACGGCGGCUGCAGCCACCUCUGUCUGUACAGACCACAAGGCCUCCGCUGCGCUUGCCCCAUAGGCUUAGAGCUCAUCAACGACAUGAAGACCUGCAUUGUCCCAGAAGCUUUCCUGCUGUUUUCUCGGAGAGCGGAUAUCAGACGAAUCUCUUUAGAAACAAACAACAACAACGUGGCUAUUCCACUUACUGGAGUCAAGGAAGCUUCCGCUCUGGAUUUUGAUGUGACAGACAAUCGGAUUUACUGGACUGACAUUUCACUGAAGACCAUCAGCAGAGCGUUUAUGAAUGGCAGCGCACUGGAACACGUCGUGGAGUUUGGCUUGGAUUACCCGGAAGGCAUGGCUGUAGAUUGGCUGGGGAAGAACUUGUACUGGGCUGAUACAGGGACAAAUCGUAUAGAAGUGUCAAAGCUGGAUGGACAGCAUCGCCAGGUGCUGGUGUGGAAAGAUCUUGACAGUCCCCGGGCGCUGGCGUUGGACCCUGCUGAGGGGUUUAUGUACUGGACUGAGUGGGGUGGUAAGCCAAAGAUUGAUAGAGCUGCUAUGGAUGGCAGCGAGAGGACUACUCUGGUACCAAACGUGGGACGUGCCAACGGCCUCACUAUUGAUUACGCUAAAAGACGACUGUACUGGACCGACCUCGAUACCAACCUGAUAGAAUCCUCCAACAUGCUCGGCCUUGACCGUGAGAUUAUAGCUGAUGACUUGCCUCACCCAUUUGGCUUGACUCAGUAUCAGGAUUACAUUUACUGGACAGACUGGAGCCGGCGUAGCAUUGAACGAGCCAACAAGACCAGUGGCCAGAACCGAACUAUCAUCCAAGGGCAUUUGGAUUACGUGAUGGACAUCUUGGUCUUCCAUUCCUCCAGGCAGGCGGGCUGGAACGAGUGUGCCUCCAGCAACGGUCACUGCUCUCACCUCUGCUUAGCAGUGCCCGUCGGUGGCUUUGUCUGCGGCUGCCCCGCUCACUAUUCCUUGAACUCUGACAACAGGACUUGCAGUGCUCCUACAACCUUUCUGUUGUUCAGUCAGAAGAAUGCAAUUAAUCGCAUGGUGAUAGAUGAGCAGCAGAGUCCAGAUAUCAUACUCCCUAUCCACAGUCUCAGGAAUGUUCGAGCCAUUGAUUACGACCCCCUGGAUAAGCAGCUGUACUGGAUUGAUUCUCGGCAGAACAUCAUCCGGAAGGCACAGGAAGACGGCAGCCAGAGCCUCACUGUUGUGACAAGCCCAGUUCCCAACCAGAACCUAGACAUGCAGCCUUAUGACCUGAGCAUUGACAUCUACAGCCGCUACAUCUACUGGACUUGUGAAGCUACUAAUGUGAUCAAUGUGACACGCCUGGAUGGGAGAGCCAUGGGAGUGGUGCUCAAAGGGGAUCAAGAUAGGCCCAGGGCCAUUGUGGUGAAUCCAGAGAAAGGAUACAUGUAUUUCACCAACCUUCAGGAAAGGUCUCCUAAAAUUGAGAGAGCAGCAUUGGAUGGAACUGAACGAGAGGUCCUUUUUUUCAGUGGUUUGAGCAAGCCCAUAGCACUAGCUAUUGACAGCCAGCUAGGCAAGUUGUUCUGGGCUGAUUCAGACCUGCGGAGAAUUGAAAGCAGUGACCUUUCAGGUGCUAACCGGAUCAUUUUGGAAGACUCUAAUAUCUUGCAGCCCGUGGGACUAACUGUCUUUGAAAACUGGCUGUAUUGGAUUGACAGGCAACAGCAGAUGAUUGAAAAGAUUGAUAUGACUGGUCGAGAAGGACGUACAAAGGUCCAAGCUCGUAUUGCACAACUCAGCGACAUCCAUGCUGUGAAAGAGCUCAACGUUCAGGAAUACAGACAGCAUCCUUGUUCUCAGGAUAAUGGUGGCUGCUCACACAUUUGCAUCGUGAAGGGUGACGGCACCACGCGCUGCUCUUGCCCCGUCCACCUCGUUCUGCUGCAGGAUGAGCUGUCCUGCGGAGAACCACCAACAUGCUCCCCUCAGCAGUUCACCUGUUUCACAGGUGAGAUUGACUGCAUCCCGGUGGCCUGGCGCUGCGAUGGUUUUACUGAAUGUGAAGAUCACAGUGAUGAAAAGAACUGCCCGGUGUGCUCAGACACCCAGUUCCAGUGUGAAAGUGGACAGUGCAUAGACAGUGCCCUCCGGUGCAACAGUGAAGCAAAUUGCCAGGACAACUCGGAUGAGAAGAACUGCGAAGUGCUUUGUUUAACCGACCAGUUCCGCUGUGCCAGUGGGCAGUGCAUUGGGAAAAGCAAGAAAUGUGAUCACAACCUGGACUGCAGUGACAGCUCAGAUGAGCAAGGAUGCUACACAACGGAGGAGCCUGCGCCACAGCCCAACAACACAAUAGGCUCCAUCAUUGGCGUGAUCCUUACAGUUUUUGUGGUUGGAGCAAUGUACUUCAUCUGCCAGAGGGUGCUGUGCCCACGCAUGAAGGGAGAUGGGGAAACAAUGACCAAUGAUUACGUGGUGCACGGACCAGCCUCUGUACCUCUUGGUUAUGUGCCUCACCCAAGCUCUUUGUCAGGAUCUCUUCCUGGGAUGUCUCGAGGUAAAUCGGUGAUCAGCUCCCUCAGCAUCAUGGGAGGGAGCAGUGGGCCACCCUAUGACAGGGCCCAUGUCACUGGAGCCUCCUCCAGUAGUUCUUCAAGUACCAAAGGCACUUACUUUCCUCCAAUCUUGAACCCACCACCAUCACCAGCUACUGAACGUUCACAUUAUACCAUGGAAUUUGGUUAUUCUUCAAACAGCCCAUCCACUCAUAGAUCCUACAGCUACAGGCCUUACAGCUACCGGCAUUUUGCACCUCCCACGACACCCUGCAGCACGGAUGUCUGUGACAGUGACUAUGCCCCCAGCCGAAGGGUCACGGCAGCCACGGCCAAGGGCUACACCAGUGACUUGAACUACGAUUCGGAGCCCGUCCCCCCGCCGCCCACUCCCCGCAGCCAGUACCUGUCGGCGGAGGAGAACUACGAGAGCUGCCCGCCGUCCCCCUACACGGAGCGGAGCUACUCGCACCACCUCUACCCGCCGCCGCCGUCCCCCUGCACGGACUCCUCAUGAGGGGUAGCCCCCCCGCCCCGUUAUCUGCCUCCGUCAUGGAAGUGUAAAUACAAAACGUUUUACUGGGGAGGGGGGAGGGAGCUCUCGGUGAAGGAUGAGGUAGGACAGUGUACAGUUAAAUGUUAUUAAAUGGGGUGGAGGAAUACUGAAGAUAUUUGUACAGAAGAAAAAGGAUAUUUAUAUAUUUUCUUAAACAGCAACUGCUGCUUGUGCCAUAAGAAGAAAAAAAUUUUUGUAUAAAAGAACCCAGACAUUUGUACAAAAAGUUUUUAUUUUUGCAAAUGGAACACAAAAACAUGCCUUAAUCCAGUGAAGUGACUGAGCACAUAAGGAAACGGAAGGACCGGGAUGUGUUACUUGUCCAGCGAGGCGAGAUGUGGGGUUUGUCAAUACCAAAAAUGUUUAAAGUAAUUAAUGAUAAAGAAGUCCGUCUCAGAGCAGCAUACCAUAGAUACUUGGAAGUAGCCAAAUAAACCUCUAUGUUAACUACGGAGGGCCAGCAACUAAAGUUAAACUUGAAAACGCAGUCAGGACAGAUCUUAACCUUACACAAAGGGCUUUGUUUUCUACAGGAAUACAGCAAUCGUAGCAGUGAAUCCAGAAAAAUAAUCACAUACUUCUUUAAAUGAAUACGCCUCUGUUUUUCCUUAAUGCAUUUACCAAACAAGAGCAUUUAGAGCUCUCUCCCUGCUUCUGGAAUUUCAAUUAUUUUUGUUGGGUAUAUUUUAAAAGUUUACUUUUUUUCUCCUGUUUAGCUUUUCCCAUCUCUUCUGCAUCCUUUCUUCCUGCCCGUGUCACUUUAAAUCACGAUCUCCUUAUUUAAAGUACUGCUAGAACUGGGCUGCUGUAAAUUCUUUUUUUUUCUUCUAAUUAGCCUCGUCAUGCAGUGAGUAUCAUGCUCUACAUUACCUUCUUCGUUUUGCCAGCAUGGUAGGAUUCCGUUUUGUACCAGGUCAGUACGAUUUUCACGUGAUUGACAAGGGUAAUAUGCAUAUACCUGAAUGAUUUCUAGUCCCUUAAAAAAAGAAAACCUUAUUUUGACCUAGUGCCCACAAAAUGUCAAAUAUUUUUAUACCACAUAUAAUAUAGACAGCAUAUUUAUAAACUAUAAAUUUAACCGUGGAUUGUUAGUUUUACUGUAAAUGAAUAAUAUAUCCUUGCAGUACUUUCAGUGUAUAUUGAUAUCACGGUAUACAAAUCAUAUAUAUAUAAAUAUAUAUAUUAUUUUUUUCCUAGUAAGGAAGCAUUUAACUUUCAGUGGAGCAACU